UCGGCGCCACUGUAACUGUGCUUCCAAACGCCCAAAUAGGUUUACCAAAACCUGCACAGCGCUGGAACUUACUCCAUUUCUCGUCAAAAUUCGAGCUGAAUUCAGGAAAACCAUAGCUCAUUCAAAUUCCGCAGUUGAUUCUUGCGUCUUCUCCACUCGUUUCCGGGCUCCACCUCGCUCUUGACGGAGUUUCAAUGGCCUCCAAGUUCGGUCUCGCCGGAGGGUUACCGGAGCGGCGAGUGCGCCCGAUAUGGGACGCCAUAGAUUCCAGGCAGUUCAAGAAUGCUCUCAAAGCUGUAACAUCACUGCUUUCUAAAUAUCCAAGUGCGCCCUACGCCCUGGCACUUAAAGCGUUGAUUUUGGAAAGAAUGGGGAAGCCCGAUGAAGCCUUAUCUGUCUGUUUAAAUGCCAAAGAGCUACUGUAUAACAAUGAUUCUAUCUUGAUGGAUGAUCUUACUCUGAGCACAUUACAAAUUGUGUUCCAGCGACUUGACCACAUGGACUUGGCGACUAGCUGUUAUGAAUAUGCUUGUGGAAAAUUUCCAAAUCACCUUGAUCUGAUGAUGGGGCUUUUCAACUGCUAUGUUCGCGAAUAUUCGUUUGUUAAACAACAGCAGACAGCUAUCAAGAUGUAUAAGCUUGCUGGUGAAGAAAGAUUUUUGCUCUGGGCAGUUUGUAGCAUCCAAUUGCAGGUGCUUUGUGGUGAUGGUGGAGAAAAGCUGUUAUUGUUAGCUGAGGGUUUACUUAAGAAGCACAUUGCCUCCCAUAGCUUACACGAGCCUGAAGCUAUUAUGGUCUACAUUUCAAUAUUGGAACAACAAGCCAAGUAUGGAGAUGCCUUGGAAAUUCUCACUGGGAAAUUGGGAUCGUUAUUAACAGUUGAAGUGGAUAGACUUCGCAUACAGGGGAGGCUUCUUGCUCGGGCAGGUGAUUUUGCUGAUGCUGCCAAUAUAUUUCAGAGAAUAUUGGAGUUACGUCCUGAUGAUUGGGAGUGUUUCCUACAUUAUCUAGGCUGUCUGCUGGAGGAUGAUAGUAACUGGUGCAAUGAAUCGAGUAUUGAUCCAAUUCAUCCACCAAAAAGGGUGCUUUGCAAGAUUUCACCUUUGGCAGACGAAUUGUUUGAUUCUCGUAUAUCAAAUGCAUCAGCUGUUGUACAAAGCUUACAAGAAGAUAGUAACAACAAAUUUUUAAGGGGUCCAUUCUUGGCAAAUCUAGAAAUUGAAAGGAGAAAACACAUGCAUGGAAAGGGAAACGACGAAGAAUUGUUGGGGGCUCUUACUAAUUAUUAUGUCAGGUUUGGUCACCUUGGCUGCUUCACUUCUGAUGUUGAGAUGUUCCUUGAGGUGUUAACUCCUGAUAAGAGGACUGAAUUACUGGAGAAGUUAAAGAAAACCACUCCCUUCGCAUCCAUCGCUACUAAGGCCCUUGGACAGACAAUAACACUUUUAAAACUUCAAGAUCUGAUUGGAAAUGUGUACCAGCUUCCAGUCUUCGAGCUCGAGACUUGUGCAGUACAGAUGGCAGACAUGUACUGUAAGAACCUCUCACUUUCAAAAGAUUUAGAUCCUCAAGAAAGUAUGCAUGGGGAAGAGCUUUUAUCACUGAUAUGCAAUGUGCUGGUUCAGCUCUUUUGGCGAACACAGAAUUUUGGCUACAUUAUAGAGGCUAUUCUGGUGUUGGAGUGGGGCUUGACCAUCAGAAGAUACGUUUGGCAGUACAAGAUCUUAUUAUUGCACUUGUAUUCAUAUUUAGGCGCCCUUUCUACUGCUUAUGAGUGGUAUAAAUUGUUGGAUAUAAAGAAUAUCCUGAUGGAAACUGUUUUGCACCACAUUUUACCCCAGAUGUUGGUAUCUCCUCUAUGGGGAGAUCUAAAUAAUCUUUUAAAAGACUACUUGAAGUUUAUGGAUGACCACUUCAGAGAGUCUGCUGAUCUUACGUUUCUUGCCUAUCGCCAUAGAAAUUAUUCAAAA